GUGCCUGCAGGAGCCAUGGUGCUGGUUCUGUUUGAGGUCACAGACUGCCUCCAACAGACAGGGGCUGCAGCAACUGUCACACACACUGAAUCUGGAAGCAGGACUGCUGGCACCAUGCAGGGCCGCAGGGCAGACAUGAACCAGCAGAUCCAGGAGCUGCGCAACAUCAUUGCCUUGCAAGAGCAAGGAAAAAAGUUUUCCAGGCAGUUGUCUGAGGAAAAGCUAAGGCAGAACAAAAAUCUGCUUUCCCGGCUGCAUGGGACAUUGCGGGAGGACAUCCACGCACUGGACAUUGCUCAGAAGCAUGACCAGCGCAUCAUCUCCGAGUUUUGCGGAGCGCAGAAGUACUUGUGUGGCAAAACUGUGCAGGGAGCCCGAGAGAAGCUCCGGAGCAGCAUCUUCGACCGGGUGAAUGCCUGCAAUGCGCUGCUGCACGAGGUGAAGCGGAGGAGCCAGUACCGGGAUGCACUGCAGUGGCAGCUGCAGCAGCUGCUGGAUGUCAGGAUCGAUGACAAGCGGCACCAGGAGCAAGUGCAGGUGAUUCGCCAGCUGGAGAACAACAUUGAGAAGAUGCACAUGAAAAUCCACGCCGGGCAGAAGGUGACCACGCUGUACCUGGCACUGCGGGAUGUCCUGAAGAAGGAGCUGGACUAUCUGCUUCUGCAUCUGGAGCUCCUGUACACCAUGGCUGGGGCGUACCAUGGGGAGGUGCAGGACAGGGAGCUGAUGGCUUCGGAUGCUCUCAGAGCCAGUGACAUUACCAAGAAGGACCUGGCCGUGCUGGAAACCCAGUUCUUGGCAGAGGAGGAGCUCAGACACCGCAUCCUGUCUGCUCAGAAGGUGCAAACCGACUGGCUGUGGCUCAAGGAGGCAAGCAAAAAGCACUCAAGAGCGCAAGCCAGGUAUGACCUGGCUGUGGACUUCCCCUCCCUGCUGAUGCAGGACUCAGCGCUGGGCUCCCAGGUACAAGCCACUAGGUCGCAGAUUGAGCACGAGUCCUUUGUGACGGCGGAGGUGGAGAAGGCCAAGGCUGCGGUGCAGUGCUCCCGUGUCUGGGACAUCACCAGCAGGCUGCUGGCACAGCAGAAGUCCACAGCAGAGCUGGAGCAGCACAUCAGAGCCUGCAAGGAGAAGCGGCAGGCACUGAAGGGCACGCUGCAGGAACUGGAGCUGAAGCACGCCAAGCUGAAGUUCCACCAGCCCCCAAGUGCUAUCAGCUGCAGGAAGCUGGAGGCAGAGCUACGGGUGCGCCUGCAGCAGGAGGAGGCCCGGCUGGAGCAGGCACGAGCCCAGUAUGUGAGGAACCAGGAGCUGCUGCUGCAGUUUGAGAACGGCAUCGACAACCUCAUCAUCCGUCUGCAUGGCAUCGACGUGCCUGAGGAGGAUCUCUCCAUCGAGUUCAAAGGGGUGGAUGAGAAGCUGCAGUACUGCAGGCAGAAGCUGCAGCACCUGGCCCAGCGCGUGAGCUCCCUGCCUGCCCACAGCUACAGCCCUGAUGAGGACAAUGAGACUUUUGUGAAGGUCAGGAAUUUAAUGGAGAAAACGACUGCGAGAGAGCCAUGGAACCUGAAGAUUCCUUUGGAGGACAUAGGCUCUGGGGUGCAAGCUCCCUCUGAUUUUGUUGAUGAAGACCACGACCUGGUUCUCACCCGGGAGGACAUCAAGAAGCAGGGGCUGAGCCUGAUAGAAAGCAAGAUGAGAAGCAGCAAGAGGAAGUAGCGACUGCUGCCCCAGAGCUUCUGAUGCCUUUCCUUUCCCCAGCAGGUUAAAUAGAGCAGAGCUUUCUCAUUCCUUACAAGUCUGUGGUA